CCUUAAAUUCCAUUUUCAUUUCCCUCCAAAAAAAUUCAAUAAUCCCUCCACAAAAUCAACACUUUCCUUUCUAAAACCCUUUCACUGAUUCAUUUUUCCUUUUCAUUCAUUGAACUUAUGCAAAAAUCUAUAAUGUCAAGCCAUCAAGAAGACCUCGACCUCCUUCUCUCUCUCCAAGAUCGAGUCUUGGAAACCCCUCCUGGCUCUCCAUCAAAUCACCAUUCCAAUUCUCCAGGGUAUCUAUCGGAUGAAUCCCCUAGACGAAGAGGGCAGGCAGAUUUGUCUAUGUUCAGAGAUGCUGUCCAGGAUUGCCUUGAUUAUGAGCAAAAACCAGCUAAGAAAGCCGAAAAACUGAAGCAGUGGAGGAACUCAAAUGAAGUGAAUGUGGAGAAGUAUUCGGGGUUAAGGAUAAGGAAUCAAAUGGUCACACCUGCUGAGCUUGCUGAACGGUUUUCAGAUAUCCGUGUUGUCCGCUUACCUGCAAUUAAAAAUCUUUUGGUGGGAGACACUUUCUCUGGAUGCUGGGCUACUGUUGGAGUAUUAACCGAGAAGGGAAAUCCACGCACUAGCUCUGUUGGAAAGAGCUAUUGCAUAUGGAAAAUUGGGUGCUUAGAUGAAAACACGAUUUCUCUUUUCUUGUUUGGUGAUGCUUAUCAGCAGUACUGUAAGGAGCAGGCUGGAACAGUUUUUGCUUUAUUCAAUUGUACUGUACGCAAGGACAAUGCUGGAAAUGGUUUUUCUUUGAGUAUCUAUUCUCCAAAUCAAAUACUAAAGAUGGGCACUUCCAUUGAUUAUGGAGUUUGCAAAGGAAAAAGGAAGGAUGGGAUGUCCUGUACACUAGUCAUAAAUAAACGUCAAGGGAUAUAUUGCAGAUAUCACAAAUUAAAAGCAUCAGAGAGAUUUUCCACAACAAGAACUGAGCUCAAGGGAGGGAACUUGAAGACAGCCUUUCGAGAUCCUCUUCAUUCACAAGGCAUUUACAUGGUCGACCCUUUAGCUGACAAAACAAAUAUAAAAAAACCCACACAGCAUGUGAAAUUACUUUCUGUGGAAGGACUUAAGAAGGCAUUGAGUAAUGCAGAUAAAGUGACAACAAAUACAUUCUCACAGGGCAUAAGAUUUCUUAAUGAAAUAACAGGAAAAAUGAAAUCAAAAAAUUCAACUAAAUUAUCUGUGACACCAAUGCAACCGAUAACUAGCUUAGACAAAAGGAAGUCAUCUACAAUGAAAGUAGAUCCAUCUGUAGUCAUGAAAACUGAACCAGUUGCAAAAAGGAAAAAAACUGACCAGGGGCAAACUUCAGCAGAGAAAUCAAAACAUGAAACAGGAAAGAUGAUUGAAUUAGAAAUCUUUGGUUCAGAUGAAGAAAUAUGAGUCAUUUAUGCUCUGCCCGCUUUGGUCUAUUAUUGUUUAACUUACAAUGUGGAGAAGUUGUACAAGAGCGCCAGAGGCUUUUCCAAUGCAGUGCAGCAGAUGCAUCUAGCUGAACAUGAUCAUGCCUAAUAUUAAGCUAUGCAGAAGAUGCUGUCUUCUGAAAUGGAGUUACAGUCAUAAAAUCUUGGUCUUUAAGAAGUGAGAAUAAUUGAGCAACUGGAGUGAAGUGUUCCAUGGCUCCAUCAUUUCAAGUAAAUCUUGCAAGCUCAUGAAUGCCCGGCUUGUAAGUUACAAAAGUUUGAACUUAUUUUAUAUUUCAAAUUUCAAUUGAGUUAA